UAGUAAUAGUCCAGCCCACUUAAAACAAAUCAUCUUUCAAUAGCUAUUCCGUAUCGAUAUGACUGAGUAACUUUUGAGGGUAAAUCUUUUUUUCUAACGGUUUCGUGGGUUUAACAAUGUUACAGAUGUGAUCGCUAAAGAAAUUUGGUGGAACUGUUUCGCAAACUGGAAUGUUUCAAUAGAAACAGCUGCAUGCUGCUGCUCCAACAGAAUAUAUUGAUUUAACAUCGUAUAAUGGCACACAAUUCGUCCUGUUUCGUCUGAGUGUUGACCUGUUGUCAUGGGUAUCUCCUCUUUGCAGAACAUGGGCCCAGAAGGAGAGGUUUGAAGGAGGUCCCUGUUAUUUCUAGAAAGACUUCAGGGCGGAACUUGCUAUUAUGGAGGCAACCAACAUACUGCCCAUUUUGAAGAAGCGUCUUGCCUUCUUAUCAGGAGGCAAGGACAGACGCAGUGGACUGAUCCUGACCAUUCCACUAUGUACGGAACAGACCAGUAUGGAGGAGCUGAGUUCCACGUUGGACUACCUCCUCGGCAUACCCAGUGACAAGUGCAAAGCAAGAGGUUUCACAGUCAUCGUGGAUGGGCGCAAGUCACAGUGGAACAUUGUAAAGACAGUGGUGCUCAUGUUGCAGAAUGUGAUUCCAGCAGAGGUGUCCCUGGUGUGUGUGGUGAAGCCUGAUGAAUUUUGGGAUAAAAAGGUCACUCAUUUCUGCUUCUGGAAGGAAAAGGACAGACUAGGCUUUGAGGUUAUUCUGGUAUCUGCCAAUAAGCUCACACGCUACAUUGAGCCUUGUCAGCUGACUGAUGAGUUCGGAGGAAGUCUGGUGUAUGAUCACAUGGAUUGGGUGAACAAAAGACUGGUCUUCGAGAAGUUUACAAAGGAGUCCACAUCCCUUCUAGAUGAGCUGGUGGUCAUCAACGAGAGUGAGAAAAGCAACCAAUUAGACAAAGAAAGGCCACCAGAUUGUAACUUCCUACCCUCAUUUGAUCCUGAAACAGUUCUACAAACCGGCCAUGAGUUGCUGUCGGAGCUGCAGCAACGUCGGUUUAACGGAUCAGAGGGGGGGGGUGGAGCCUGGUCCCCCAUGGAUGACGAGCUGCUGGCCCAGCCUCAGGUCAUGAAGCUGCUGGACUCCCUCAGGGAACAGUACACCAAGUACCAGGAGGUGUGUCGUCAACGCAGCAAACGAUCUCAGCUGGAGGAAAUACAGACCAAGGUCAUGCAGGUUGUGAAUUGGCUUGAGGGGCCUGGCACGGAGCAACUGCGAACCCAGUGGGGGAUUGGAGAUUCCAUUAGGGCCUCCCAGGCCCUGCAGCAGAAACACGAGGAGAUAGAGAGUCAACACAGUGAGUGGUUUGCGGUGUACGUGGAGCUGAACCAGCAGAUAGCGGCGCUGCUCAGUGCCGGAGACGAGGAGGACCUAGUGGAGCUGAAGGGUCUACAGCAGCAGCUCAGCGACGUCUGCUACAGGCAGGCCAGCCAGCUGGAGUCCAGGCAGAACGUUCUGCAAUCAGCGCACGAGUUCCACAGCACUGCCCAGGAUCUGUCCCAGCAACUGGACGGUCUACUGGGCAUGCUCUGUGCAGAUGUUGCCCCUGCUGACGGGGCCGCCAUCCAACAAACACUCAAGCAUCUCGAAGAAAAACUCAAGAGUGUUGAGGGAGCCCUGGCUGGGCUGAGAGAGAAAGGCCAGGUCCUGAUGGAUCAGAUGUCUAACCAGACCUCCUGGUCCUAUGGGAAGGAUGUGCCCAUCGAAAAUAAAGAAAACAUUGAUCACAUCCAAGGAGUCAUGGAGGACAUGCAACUCCGGAAACAAAGAUGUGAAGACAUGGUGGAUGUGAGGAGACUGAAGAUGCUUCAGAUGGUCCAGCUGUUCAAGUGUGAGGAAGAUGCAUCGCAGGCUGUGGAGUGGCUGGGAGAGCUUCUGGAUGCUCUGCUGAAGACACACAUCAGACUGGGGGACGACUCACUGGAAACCAAAGUGCUGCUGGAGAAACACAAGAAAUUUGUGGAUGUGGCUCAGAGCACCUACGACUACGGUCGGCAGCUGCUCCAGGCCACCGUGGUGCUGUGUCAGUCUCUGCGAUGCACCACGCGCUCCUCCGGGGACACCCUGCCACGCCUCAACCGGGUAUGGAAACAGUUCACCGUGACCUCUGAGGAGAGAGUUCACCGGCUGGAGAUGGCCUGCUCCUUCCACACCGCAGCUGAGAAGUUAUUGGUGCAAGCCAGCCCAGACCAGGGGAAUCUCUCAGCAGAGGUAGAACAGGAGACCUAUGAGGAGGUGGAGAUGGUGGGGAAAGCCCUAUUGGACAGACUCACCGUGCCUGUUAUAUUCCCAGAUGGGAGCGAGCAGUACUUCGGAAGCCCAGGCGACAUGGCGUCCUCUGCUGAACACAUCCGAGAUAAGAUGAAGCUGGUGGAGGACAGGAAACUAACUCUGCAUGAGGAAGAUGAAGAGGAAGAAGACAUUGAGCAGCUACAGGAAGAGCAACUGCAGGAAGUUGAGCAGCUACAGUAUGAGAAGAUACAUGACCAGGAUGAAGAGCUAGAGGAUGAAGAACUACAAGAUGACCAGGAACUACAUGAUGAUGAAAUACAGGAAGUCGAUGAUAAACUACAAGAUGAGGAAAAACUGGAGACAGAGGUGGAGACUCAAGAAAGCUAAUGAAGCUGUUAUAACAGCUAGCCUGGUCCCAUAAGAGUUUGUGUUGUCUUGCUAAAACCUGUUGCCAAGACAGCAUAAGCAGAUAACAGCAGCAGCCAGCAGUCCACUAGAUAUUCAGGACAUAAUGCUCCAGAACUCUAGAAUCUUGUCAAUCUUCCCAUGUGACCACAUUUCUGCCAUCUCUGUUGUACUCUGCCUCGCCAAGCCAUAUUAACUUAGAAACAGUUAAAGAUAGAAUAUGGUUCUCUAGGAUCCACUGACAUUGCUUACUGUACAUGUCUUGGAAAGGAGAGGAAAAAGAGAAACAAAGGAAGAGACUGAAAGCACUGGCUGAACUGAACUGAACUGAAAUGGACUUUUUCCCCAUAAAGCUUUACCUUGACUGUCGCUUAUCCUUCUAAAGUUGCAUUCACACUGCACUUUGCUCAGGGUUAGUACGUUUAACCCAGGGUUAAUGUGAGCCCUGAGCUAAGAACAUUUGGUGUGAAAAGCCCUUAACGUGUGAAAUAAGCUUUUACAUGGUGCUAAUAAACCUUUUAGAAUGUACAAAAAGCAAAGCAUCAUCUAUCCCCCCUUGGUUCCAUCCUCCAGGUUCUGUAUUCUGUCAUUUCCCUGUUGCUUUUUAUUCAUAAUACCUCCAAGUGGUUUCUAGGAGAUAAAAAGACGAGUGUAAAAAGGUGUGCCAUUAUGUAAAUCCAUUCUCAUUUUCAAGGCCUUUUGAAUUUGGCACUAACUACCCAGCUGACCAUUUCCGGUAAAGACUGACUAGUGUAUUGUAGGGAUACAUGAGUGCUCAACCAGCUUUAAAUUCAUUUGACUGUCUUCUGUGUAUCAAGGCAAAAUGUAAAGUCAGAGCUUUGUUAUAAACCUAGAUUAGAGUGCUAGAUUGAGGGCUGUGUUUUUAAUAAUAAAAUGUGAUUUGGGAAUUGUUCUUCAUCUCUACCCUAAUUUUCAUUAUAAUGUAUGCAUACAGCACAUACGCCUUUUGCAUCAUGAGGCAUGCUAUUGAAAUAUUAAUUCUAUAUUUAUUUUGUUUUGUACUGUAUAUUGGCAUUUCACAUAACAGUGAAAGUCAUAAUGCUUGUGAAGUUUUUAGGUUUGCGAGGCUAACCAUGUAUUUCUUGAAAUUCUGGGUACUGCAAAAUAAAUGAGCAAACUUUUGAAAGACUUAUCAGA